AUGUUUAGGCUAGGCCAUGUUGCCACGUUGACGAAUAAGAAAAAAACUUGCAUCAUUGGCCCUUACUUCAUCGAAGACGGUAAUGGUCGUGCUGUUACCGUGAACUCAGAGCGCUACGUCGAAAUGAUCACCAACUUCUUUUUCCCUGAAUUGGACGUUAUUCGCCCUCUCUUCCCUGGUCGCCUUAUUUCCAGGUUUGGUGAUGUUCAUUGGCCUCAGGAAUGUUCUGUGUUUCUGUUCGAAAAACGACAAGCGGAAAAGUUGCACAAACCGAAACGAAAAGAAACGGUGACCGAAAUACUCCGAGCUUCCGUUCGUCAGCUCGAACGCUUCCGACAUCCGAAAAUUCUGCACGUCGUUCACGGGAUCGAAGAGUGCGCCGAAACGCUCGCGUUCGCCUCCGAACCGGUCUACUCAAGUCUUGCCAAUAUUCUGGCCUUCCAUCAGGAAAGCAACAUCAACCACAGCGGCAUGAAUACAAUGCAACAGCAACAGCCUAAUCUCAGACCUACGUACGCUAGGGAUUACAACUUUUUGGAUAUGGAAUAUAAGUAUGGAAUACUUCAAAGUCAUAGCCUAGUUUCUAAAGCGUGGAUAGAGGAAGUCAUAAUCGCUUUAUCAAAUGCAGUUUCGAAAAAUGACGGUUCACGUGAACAAAUACAAAAGCGGUUCUUACUGCUUAAUACUGUACCGCAAAUUUUGUGCAGAAAUUACAGAAGUAAAAAUAAGUUGGUCUGCAUAUACAAAACUUCGCCCUGGUUGGUGCAUUCCUGUCGGACCAAGUGGAACUCACAAUGAUUCCAUGAGGAGUUCGUUACCCUUAAGAUCCGACCUGCAUACAGCGAAAAGUGUCCUUUAGGACGAACGUUUGCAUUUUCCGCUGAAAUUGAGACGACGAGACCUUCCCUAGUGAAAUCUUCAGUCUAA